UAUUUAAGCUCUCUAAUGAUAAAUGACAAUUUUCUUGAAAAGGUAAAAUUUGAGGAACAACUUUUUAUAUGCAAUUUGUUUCUCUGCUCCAUUGAUUCCCGUGGUGGAUUCUUUCUCAAGAACGAAUCGCAGAUGACGACGCCCUCAACAACCACACCAUCACCACCACCACCACCACCACCAUCCACGACCAUCACCGCCGCCCAAAUCCGCCACGCGAUCCGUCCAUGGUUCAGCGACUUCCUCUCCGUCUCUUCCCUCUCUCUCCCAAUCUCCUUCCAGGAACUCUCUCUCCGUAUCCAGAAAAACCUAUACGCCUUCCGAGCCAACUACCUCCUCAUCUCAUUACUUAUCUUCAUGCUAACCCUAAUUACCCGCCCAAUUACCUUAAUCUCCUUCCUUGUUAUCAUUGUCGCUUGGAUUUUCCUCGUUAGGGAUGAGCCUUUGGUUGUUUUCGAUUUUGAAAUCGGUCAACGAUUGCUUGUGAUUUCGUUGCUCGCGGUUACUGCUUUUGCCCUAGCUGUAACUAGGGUUUGGUGGAACGUUUUUCUGUCGUUCUUGAUCUCGAUACUUGUUGUUUGCUUGCACGCGAUUUUGAGGACCCCUGAUGACGCUGAUGACAUGGAAUCGCCAUAUGGGGCAUUGCUAUCAGUUGUUGAUGACGAUGGGCCUGGAAGAGGACCAUAUACUCUGGUGUGAUCUGUUGCCAAUCAGGUUAGUGAUCUUAGAGAUUGGAUUUUCAGAAACAAUGUACUUGCAUUAUGUAGAUUGAUUGCCAAUGAUAUUCGUUAGAUACUUACAUUUGAAUUAGGCAAUUAGCAAACCUUUUGGUGUAAUUUGUGCCCUGUUUGUCUAUCAUUUUGCUCUAUAAGAUUUCAUUGACUGCUUGA